UUUGGAGAAUCUAAUCUGAAUUUCAUUUCCAAGUUCAUUCCCCAAUCCCCACCCAAGUCGUUGACUGGUCAACUUCUGGCCAUUUCUUCACGUCUGCUUUUUCUAACCAAAGUGUCCUUUUUUUGCGACUAAAUGCCAACAACACGGUGGUGAGGUGAAGAAAUCAACUCGAGAGAGAGAGAGAGCAAAGAGAUACAUUGACCCAUUACGCCAAUUCCUCCAAUUCAAAAGACUUUACAUUCAAUUCGUCAGAAAACGAACCGAAAAAAGGAAAAAAGUUGCAAAAGUUUCACAGGGACCUCUGCUUUGGCUCUGAAAUAAAGGGGAAGAAAGACUGUAACAACUUGUUACUUGGUUUCUUUCUUGUGCUGUAAUGGCUGCCGCGGCUUCUCCUACUGGUGAAGAAGGAGACAUUCUCCAAGAGCUCACACUUCCGAUUCUGUUAGCGGACAGAAUUCUGAAACUGGCCCAAGACGCUGUUUCUUCGAGGCAAGAAUGCGUUGACCUAGCCAACCAAGUCGACAAUCUCUCCGGCAUGCUCCGAACCACCGUCCGGCUAGUCACCACCACCCCGCCGCCGCUGUACGAGCGCCCCAUCCGCCGGAUUGUGGCCGACGUCUCGAAGAAUCUGGACCGUGCUCUGAACUUCGCCCGCAAGAGCCGCCACAGCGGGUUCCUCCGCCAAGUGUUCUCCAUGACCACCAUCGCCGAUUUCCGGAAAGUCUCCAGUCUUCUCGAGUCUUCYAUUGGCGACAUGAAGUGGCUGCUCUCAAUCUUCGAUUCCGAUGGCACCGUGGGGCUCCCUCCGAUUGCGAGCAACGACCCGAUUCUGGCUUAUAUUUGGAGCAGUAUCGCCACAAUCCAAAUGGGUCCGAUUAAGAGCCGGGUCGAGGCGGCCAAUCAGCUGAGUCUUCAUGCUCAGGGCAGUGAUCGGAACAAAAAAAUCAUCGUGGAAGAAGGUGGGGUUCUGCCGCUGCUUAAAUUGCUUAGGGAUUUCGCCUCCCCCGAUGCCCAAAUUGCCGCGGCUAAUGUUCUCAUCAGUGUCGCUACUGAUUCCGAAAGGGUUACGUCGAUUGUGGAUAUUCUUGGGGUUCCGAUUAUUGUUCAGGUUCUUAACGAUUCCCCCAUGAGGGUUCAGAUUGUGGUGGCGAAUUUGGUGUCGGAAAUGGCGGAACUUUGUCCUCUUGCUCAGGAGGAGUUCGCUAGAGAGAAUGUUACUAAACCCCUGGUUACUUGUUUGUCCAUUGAUAUGGUUUUGGAUGAUCCUAAGGUUCAAUUGGGGAAGACGAGUUUUCAUUCUCUUGUUGAGAUUAAUAAGGAGCUCACUGGGAAAGCUUCAAAGAGUUCACAGGCUUCUUCUAAUUCGUCUUCCUCACACCACAGGAAGGAGAAAGAGGUUGAGAGCUCUGAAAUGAAGCUCCAGCUUAAGGUGAAUUGUGCUGAGGCUCUGUGGAGACUCUCUAAAGGGAGCUUAACGAAUAGCAGAAAAAUCACCGAGACGAAAGGGUUGCUCUGUUUGGCUAAGAUUAUUGAGAAUGAAGAAGGGGAGUUGCAGUUCAAUUGCUUGAUGACAGUGAUGGAGGUAACAGCAGUUGCAGAAUCCAAGCCAGACCUCAGACACGCCGCCUUUAAGAUCACUUCACCGGCUGCAAAAGCGGUUCUGGAUCAACUUUCAAGAAUGAUUCAGGACAGCCAUCCGGGAUUGCAAAUUCCUGCGAUCAAAUCGAUUGGUUCUCUUGCUAGGAUUUUUCCCGCGAAGGAAACACGGAUUGUCAGUCUUUUGGUUUCGCAGAUGGGGAGUAGGGACAUGGGUGUGGCCAUUGAAGCUGUGGUUGCAUUGGGGAAGUUUGCCUGCCCUGAAAAUUAUAACUGUGUGGCGCAUUCGAAGUCGAUUAUCGAGUUUGAUGGCAUUCCUCCUCUAAUGAGACUUUUUAAACUAAAUGAUCUGGCUCAAGUGCCUGGCCUGAUGCUGCUAUGUUACCUUGCACUGAAUGCUGGGAAUAGCAAGGCUCUAGAGCAGGCUCGUGCCUUGAACGCGAUUGAGGGGAUGGCUCGUUCUGUUUUACCUCAACAUCCCGACUUGUAUGAGCUGUUUGCCAAAGCCAUACACCACCUUACUCUUUAUCAGGCCGGAGCUCAUCAUAUCCACAGGCACAGUUUAUCCCCAUAAGCUUAUUUUUAUUUCAAGUUAGCUCUCGAAAGUAACUUAACGAGCAAUGUUGUUGACAAUUAAAACAAAAUUGGAGGGUAACAAUCUGAGACAAGUCGGCUAUGGUCCACAUAGAACUCUGACUGCACGAGCCGCAUAGUUAAUGGCCCGAGGUAGUGACCAAGACAGCAUAUUGAAGGGCGGUUUUCACUUGAUGAAACAACGUAUUGCUGUUCCUCCGACAUCCGAGCGCAAAUACAGCGAUAGAAGCAGGAUAACGAGCUCUGUUUGUGCAGUACUCUUGCAAUGGGGCCUAGUAAAAGGAAGUUCUUAAUGAAUUGUGAUUAUAGAUUUUGCAGGUUCCCUAUUUUCAAUAGAUUGAGACAGGAAAAGAGAGCUACACAAAGUUCUUUCUAGCAUCAGGUGUCAACUGCAAGCCAAAGUUAAUGAAGAAUUUGAAGCAAAACUUCUGGUUAUACCUAACUUUGUUAAAUUCAAAGUAUUGACUUCUACACCAACUGAAUCUUUACUCGUACUAAUGCAUCGCUAGUAUUCCUUUAAAUGUCUUUUCUUUCUUGUAAAUUAUUGAUGAUAUGAAUCAGUAGAUGCAUCGGAACAUUCUUAUUA